AUGGACUUCGCCGAGGAGCGUGACCGCGGAAGGAGUCAAAAUGAAGGACUGGCAUCGUUCUCUGAGUAUAGGGAGCCUGCCAGGGAGAGAUCUGAGUCAGUUAGAACGACAGGCAGGCGUAGCGCUCUGCACCCUGAGCCGACAGUGCCAGUUCAGUCAGGUAUAGCCGUUGCGCCAGUUGCGCAACUCGCGUCUAUCCAGCAGCAGCAGAUGCCGUAUUUCUCCCCUCUGCUUACUCCAGGGACGUUAGGAGCGCCGUACUUUGACGGGUCUGACGCUACCCUGUUCCUGGAGAAGUUACAGGAGACAUGUCGUCGCUGUGGGCUGCGCUCAGAGACUGAGAUGCUAGAGAUCUUGUAA